UCCGUAGCCAUUUUGGUUCAAGACCGUCCCCUCCGUGGGAUCUCGGACUUGGGCCGACAUGGGUUCCAUUGCUGUCUCGCCCAAGGCCCCCCCGGGCCGUGCGCCGCGCCGCCUGCCGAGGCCCGCGCCUCCAUAUGUUUCCUCGAUGCUUCGCGAUGUGGUGCCUGAACCCCGCGGCCCUGGCCUUCAUGCCGCAUGCUCGGUCGCCGGCCGCUGCUCACGCCCGCCUCUGUCGUCACCUUCAGCGGCAAGGGCAGUGCACCCACAAGCGACAUGCUCUACAACUGCAUCCUCUAUUGCCCGAUGCACCUGUUCAAGAUCACAUAGAUGCCGCUCGUGAUCGUCGCCAUGCCCUCGCUGCACACGCGCCUCAUCCUUCUGUCGUUCCUGUAUAUUAUCUGGGGGUGUGCUCGGGCGGAGUUGAGGGAGAGCUUCCGAAAGUGGCACGCUUCAUAUCUCAACUUCACGAGCAAGCCGCUGGUGGAGCUGUGGGACCACUGCCACCGCUUGCCGCUGCAGCUCCGCUACGACAUGGAGCCGGUCCGCUCCCUCAACCUGGGGCUGCACGUGAUCUCCUUCCUCUGCCUCGGGUACCUCGCCGUGCGGAUGCUGGUGCUGGCCCGCUCCCCUUACGUGUUCAUGGCAUACAAGGCGCAGGACCUGGUCCCGGGGUGUUUCCUGAAGCUGUCCAUGAUCGUGACCACCUGCACGUACAUCCACGCGCCCGUGCUGCCGCUGGGGCUCAUUCAUGUCAUUCUUCCGCUGCUGGUGAUGCUCAUGCCGCUGGCAACGCUCAAGCAAUCCUUUGUGAAUCGGGCGCUCCUGCUGGACCUCGCGAACGCCGUUAUUGCGACGCUGGGGAUGGUCAUGCUGCUGGCGGUCAACCGUUUCCUGAACCCGUCGUUGGUGAUGCUGACGCCGCUGGAGAUUCAACUGCAAUCCUUCGUCAUCCGGGUGGCUGACCCUGCUGGUUCUCAUGCGCGGCGUGGAUGUGACGCUGGUGAUGUUCAUGCCGCUCGCGUCGCAGUCCAACGUGAAGUUGAUGGUGACUCCGCUGAAGACCUCAAUCCUGCUGCUGAUGCUCAUGCCGCCGGCGAUCAACAAUUUCCUGACCCUGUUUCUGGUGAUGCUCAUGCCUCUGGAGAUAAAGAGUGGCACGCUGACGACCGCCAGGGUAAUCUUGUUACUCAAUCGGAAGCUCGCCACCACCCUGCGGGUGCCGUCCUGCAUGUUCUUCUGGAGGAUCGUGACGCCCACGCUCUCCCGGAGCCUCGUGUGCACGCUCUUGCGGAUGCUUCUGGCGCCGACAACCAUCUCUUUGACAUGAACUUGCCUCCUCCCCGCACGGCUACGAUGUCUUCCGCUCCCGCCACCCCGCUCGUCACGGUGAACAUGCUGGAAGACGCGCUCGCGGCAUGGGCCAGAGAACUGACUCCGAUCAAUGGCAAGUCUCUGCUGGCACUGUCGGAGAACAUGCAAAAGCAGACGACCUCUAACUACAAGCAGCUCUUCGACACUGUACGCGAGCAGAUACAGCUGCUCACUAACUUAAUGAACAAGGACCUCGAGUCCCUCGGCAUGCGGGUGGCGAAGAUGGGAAACAUCCACCAGCCCGCCAGCAAGGAGUUCUCGGAUGAACAAUCGGCCAACCCACCGAAGCAAGAAAAAUCAGACAUGCACGACGUGACUACUGUCACCAAUGCCAAAUUCGUCGAGCACUUCGACAGUCUGCUCACGAACAUCCGCUCCGCUGCGUGCGUGGACUUGUUCAACUCGCUCCUGGACUCCUAUACAGACUCCCUGGACUUCCUCCCGACUACCUCGUCUGACAAGAACUACGUCAGUGACAGCUCCUCCCCGCGCGCCCUGAGCCAGGGCGCCGCGCGGCCGGGCUGCCGCUAGCACGCUGAACGUUUCCGCCAGGUUACGUUCGCUCAUCCGCAUCCUCCACACAGUCAUCGUCAUAAUCACCGUCGUCGCCAUGUCCAUC